AUGAACAGUAAUUAUUGGUUUAANAAACGUUUACGUAAAGCUAAAAAGGAAACACCUGAAUUAGAAAAACCACAAGCUAUUAAAACACAUUUACGUGAUAUGAUUAUUGUACCUGAAAUGGUCGGUUGUGUUGUUGGUGUUCAUCAAGGAAAAACAUUUAAUUCAAUUGAAAUAAAACCUGAAAUGAUUGGAUAUUAUUUAGGAGAAUUUUCAAUAACAUAUAAACCAGUUAAACAUGGUCGACCGGGUAUUGGUGCAACACAUUCGUCUCGUUUUAUUCCACUCAAAUAA